AUGAGCCAUCCUCCUUCCAAACACAAUUACCAUCAAGCCAACGGCAGUAGCACACGCAGAAGCGCUACUCGCAACCCCCAAGACCAAGGCAAUACAAGUCCAAGUCCCACUCAGCGAACUGAGCACGAGGAUGUUCAUUCAAAUGGUGCAAUGAACAGCCACUUUGCUGCCAUUGCGUCUUUGAUGGGUCCAACGCCAAUUCGUCCCCUCCAAGAAUGUACACCACAAGAACGAAUGGAUCAGUUAAGGGCUCUCACUGAAGCCGCCCUCGCGAUUGUCGACCUCCCACUUUUGGACGACACGGAUAUUACUGACUGA